GCUCAUCUUGACUUGAAACCACUAUGUCUGAUCCCUUGCCCACUGACACGCUCUCAUCCACUUGCACCCAACGCAGCCCCAUGGUCCGCGACAUCCACCACGCUAUAGCUCAAGCUCAGUAUCGCGACAAAAACCUUGACGCAACCCGGGCUUCAGCGCGCGAGAGGAUGCGCAGGCAUGUUCCUCCAUUUACUACAACUACAGCUACCCUAACGUACAAUAGGAGACGCGAGGCUCUUCGUCAGGAUCCUGUUGCGCAUGAGGAGGCACUGGCGCGCAGGAGAUCAAGGGAUGGGGUGGUUCGUGAGAGGGCUCGGCAAAGGAAGUUUUGCGAGACGUACGGCCAAGAGGCAUAUUACACCUAUUAUGAGCAGGCCCCCGAACUCACAGGACGCAACACCUUUCCGGAUCCUCAUCUCAUAUGCGAAGGUGACAAGGGACCAGUUCGAUAUACCCCACAAGCGACAGGCGCUUCACGCGUCGGACGACCACCAAAACCGCGCAUCAUUGGCAUGACGUGGCGAGGAACGGAUGGCGCGAUUGUCAAUGGGAAGAGCAAGUGCACCCGCCCGUACAAGUAGCAGUGCUUGGAAAGGAAUGGAAGUGUCGGUGCGAGGACGAGUGCAGGAGAUGACGCCAGUUUUGUUGUUCGACUCACGGCUGGGGUCAUAGCAUUGUAUUCCAGACAUAUUAAGUAUUCACACCAGAUGUACCUCAUUUAUAUCCCCGCCCCGAUGCCUUGCCGCCCUUAUUUCGCGCGCGUAAUGAUCAAGCCCUCGAUCCCGCCCAGCCAAGUUGUAGAGUAUCGAGUCGGGUAGCAUGGGAGCUUCCCACGAGGCCAUUAUCAUGCGCGGUAGGGAAAUCCAGAGGUGGAGAAGGGAGCGACGUCGACGACGUUGAUGACAGCGACGAGACAUUGGCGACAGCGACGAGACAUUGACGACAGCGACGAGUGACAGGCGGCGCCGGGAUGUUACGUGAGUGAUCGGAAAGGCAGAGGUAUGGUGCUGUGCAGGUCAUGUGGGAUUGAUGCGGCGGACACUCAGAGUCAAAAGUCGGAGUCGGUUUUGCGGGAGGUAGGGAGAGGUAUUAACGGAGGGUAUGAGAAAUGGCGCAGAAGAAGACCAAUGGGUUGGCAUGUAAGCAUCUGAUCUCGCCAACCCAUCGGUUGCUAUAUUG